AUGCGUUGCUUCAUUUUGUUCUCCUGUUUGGCAGUGGCCACAGUUAUGGCUCGCCCUGAACCUCCAGUAAAUUACCUGCCUCCGGUACAAAAUAAUGAUGUCGCCUUCAAUAGCUUUGGUAAUCCAGUGCCCACAUACAGCGCACCCCCUUCUCCUGAUACAAUUGCACCAGCCAACAAUGAAGUUGUUGCCACACCUGAAAUGCCAGUCCAAGAAGAUUCCUACAAUGCCGCCUACCGCCAUUCCACUUCCAGCCAAUAUCAGUCCGGUUAUUCAAACGCUCCCGCCGAAACCCAAGUCCACAAACACAUCUAUGUGCAUGUUCCACCCAAGGACUUUGAAGAGGAAGACGUGAUUCAACCACGUGUCACCCACCAAAUGGGACCCAAGCAAAAGCACUACAAAAUUGUCUUUAUCAAGGCUCCCAAUGCUCCCGUUAUGCGUCCACCCGUUGUUGCUCCGCCACCACAAAACGAAGAGAAGACCCUCAUCUAUGUCUUGCACAAGAAACCCGAGAACCAAGCCGAUAUUGUUAUACCAACCCCAGCUCCCACCAAACCUUCCAAACCCGAAGUAUUUUUCAUCAAAUACAAGACCAAGAAGGAUGAAGCCCCUGUUUACGGCCCACCACCUGCCACCCGCCAAUCCGCUGAACCAGCUGCAGAAUAUGCUGCUCCUCAUCCUAAUGGCGCCAAUGCAGAUUUUCUUCCCAUGGAUGCCAGCGAAUAUGAACAGCAAACUGCUAAUGCUGCCACACCAGCUGUCGAGGAAGCUGAGCCUCGCUACAUGAACAUCGAGCAGGGACCUGCCGCUGACAAUGAGCCCACAAUGGACGCCUUUGCUGGCGAGGAAGCACAAACACCAGCAGCUGAACCUAGCAAUCAAUACUUGGCUCCCGAGACCACCUCGGCACCCAUUGUUGUUGCUGAACCCGAAGAGGAGGAAGUCCACACUCCAGCCCCAGUCUACGGUGCACCCAGCCGUUACUACAUCAAGAGAAGAAAGUAAAAAGUAUUCCAUGAAGCCGUCGUGGC